AUGGCUGGACUUGAAAAUUUUGCAAAGGGAAUGGCCAUGGUUGAUGCAAGGGCCACAAGAUUGGCAAUUAAUUCUUUUUUUGCAAAAGAGGGGAAUCUUAGUGAAUUAUAUGCAAAAGGGGAGGCGAUUUCUAUUGUGUUUAAUGUUCUUGGAUUGGGUGCAGGGAUUCAGUUAGUUUCUAUAAAAGGAAAUAUAUCAAGUCCUGCAGACUUGAGGAACAAGGAAGAUCUUGUGUAUCCAAGGAGAUUGAUAAAAGAAGCUGGAAAUGAUCAUUAG